UCCCGCCUUUUUGACGUCUCUUCGGUGAUUCAGAAGAACCUGCGAUUCCCCCAUCGCCUGAGGCUGGUGGCGGGCGCCGUGUCCACCAGGCCCCCUGUGCUCCCCAGCAUCUACGGGUUAACAAGAGGGGACCAAGCGGGCGACCCUGAAAAGGGAGGAGAGCCGCGGGCCCGCAGAUAUUCCGAGGCGCCCGCGCCUGGCCUCCGAACAAUCCCCCAGGCCAGGCGGAGGGCUGCAGCUUCCCAGAUUGCAUUUGAAAAUGAAGUUGUACAAACACUACAUCCUCUAUUAAAUGAUGUCACUUCAGCACCUACUCACUGUGAAGAAGGUUCAGUGCAUAAAAGCAAACAGAUUUCUCUGCAAUGGGCCUUAACGUAGUAUAAUUAUGUUUAUUCUCUUUCUGGUAUUCAGGCCAAAGUGAAAAUGUUUUGGAAACUUAUUUGUAAUGCACCUAGUAAGGCUGAUGAAUUAUAGUCUAGAACUUCCUCUAUCUUUGGCAUUUACUCCAAAGACUCAACAGAUUCAGCCUUGGACAUCAAGAGUAAACAGAAUAAAUUGUCUUAUAUAGCUAAUCAAGUAAAGAAGAGACCAGUUAAAAACAAAACAUCAAAUGAUUUGCUGUGCUAUAGGUUUUCAGAUCUUGGUUCACAUAUUUAA